AUGAUAUGAGAUGAAAUAAGAUUUUAUCGGAGUAUGCAUUCAUCGUUGGAGCGAAGAAAAAAUUAUGGAAGCAGUGAAGUACACGCGCGCAUAAUAGCGUCUAACUGUGCAUAAGAAAUUGAUGAGUAUUAUAGAAAAUUAAAGGUCACAUAAUUGUAAGAUUUUGGCGCGAAAAGCUAUUAUGAAGAUUCGUGUAGAUGAUAAUAACCUGAAGUGAAUUUUGUGAGCAAAUAACUAAAAAGAAAAAACGAGUCACGCCCUUGAGAAUAAACAGUUUGUAUCAAAUUGAGUUACGGUAUAUAGUUCUGGUCGCCAUUAUUGUGUUUGAGUGACAGGAAACUAAACGUAGAAAAGAAGAAAUCAAAAUCGCUCACUGACUAUUGCUGUUACAUUCACCCAUUUGUUUGUAAUCGAUCGAUACAUAUCGUGAGUUUCAUUUGAAUAAAAAUGGGUUGUUUUGGGAGCAAAGACAAGUUGAGUAAAGAAGAUAUGGAUUUUCUUAAGUCUCACACAAGAUAUGAUGAAUCAUCCAUUAAAGAAUGGUACAAAGGAUUCAAACAAGACUGUCCAAAUGGCAGAUUGACACCAGCAAAAUUUGUUGACAUGUACAAAAUGUUCUUUCCAUCUGGAAAUGCUGAAGAAUUUUGUGACCAUGUAUUUCGUACAUUUGACAUGGAUAAAAAUGGCUAUAUCGACUUUAAGGAAUUUUUACUAGCAAUUGAUGUAACAUCUAGUGGGACACCCGAAGAGAAAUUGAAAUGGGCUUUUCGAAUGUAUGAUGUGGAUGGUAAUGGUGUUAUUGAUAUUGAAGAAAUGACAAAAAUUGUUCAGGCAAUUUACGAUAUGUUAGGUGCAAGCUCAAGUAAUAGGCCAGCAGAUAGCGCUGAAGAAAGAGCAAAAAAUAUUUUUGCAAAAAUGGAUGAGAACAAUGAUGGUCAACUGACUCAGGAUGAAUUUUUAAAAGGCUGCUUGCAGGACGAGGAGUUGUCAAAGAUGCUAGCUCCUUAAUUAAAAGGCCAAAUUUUUUAAUAUUACAACUAAUUACAAGAAUUACAGGCGAUAAUUGAAUUUUAUAAAAAUACCUGAGCAGUUUCUUGCAGACAUCUUAUGAUCAAUAUCGUCCUCGUCGUUGUCGUCGUCGUCGUCGUCGUCGUCGUCGUCGUCGUCGUCGUCGUCGUCGU